AUGCCCUUCAUCGAAAUAGCUUUUCAAGCAGAAGUUAGUCGCUACGAAGACUCAGAGUUCGAAGAACAUGCCAGACGGAUCUGCAAUGAAGAUCCGGAUACCAGGAGUAAAGUAAUUGAGGAGUUACGUAGAUUGAUAAGAGAGCGAGGGGAGUGCAAUCCACGAAGAUUAGAUGAUGCCUAUUGUCUCAGGUUCCUAAGAUGUCGCCGGUUCAUACCAGCGCUGGCGCAUAAAUUGAUGGUGCGCUACGAAGAUUUUCGUCGCCAAAAUGCCUACCUAUAUGACUGCGACGCGUUCGCCUUGCAAAAAGUGAAAAAUGUAUAUGGGGGUACUCUACCAGAAAGUCCUACAAACGGACGAAUCAUUCUAAUGAGAUUUGGUCGUUGGGAUGUAGAUUCUGUUCCAAUAGAAGAUGUAGUCCGCUGUGCUUUACUCAUGGACGAGAUAGCAGUAAUGCAACCUAAACUUCAAAUAUUAGGUGUGACUAUUAUAGUAGACCUCGAAGGCCUGAACCUAAGACACGUUGCACAACUGACACCGACCGUCGCCAGCCAAAUCGUUGCCCUAAUGGGAGUAUCAUUUCCCCUUGCUAAUCACUGCCUUCACAUCAUCAACUACAAUUGGCUGCUUCAUUCAAUUUUCUAUUUGUUCAAACAAUUCAUGCCAAAAGCUGUCUGGAAUCGUGUACAUUUCCACGGCAAUGAUACGAGUUCACUUCGCAAGCAUAUUGACCCAGAAUACCUGCCCCCGGAGUAUGGCGGACAUUGUCAAUACUUAAUAGCGACUGAAGAUUGGAUUGCCAAAAUAGAUGAAUACAAAGAUGAUUUCCUCGUACAAGAACUGAGAUCUCUAGGAUUUACUGUUAAAAGUUAA